AUGACCAUGCUGCAUAGAAACUCAAAUAGAGAUGAAAGAAUAGCUGCUCAUGAGUUUUUUCUUACAUUGGCUGCUUGUAAUACUGUGAUUCCUAUACUUACUGAUGGUGGAUUUUCUGGUUGUGGAACAAGUGAAUCAAAUGGAUAUGUAGAAUGCAUUGAUUAUCAGGGUGAAUCCCCUGAUGAACAAGCUCUAGUUUCUGCGGCCUCUGCAUAUGGAUACACUCUUUUUGAGCGGACAUCUGGACAUAUUGUUAUUGACAUCAACGGUGAGAAACUUAGGUUGGAUGUGUUGGGCCUACAUGAAUUUGACAGUGUGCGAAAGAGAAUGUUCGUUGUUAUUCGGUUUCCUGACAACGUGGUAAAGGUGUUUGUCAAAGGCGCUGAUACAUCAAUGUUUAGCGUUUUGGCAAAUGUCAGUGAGAGCAACAGUAGCUUAUUGCAUGCAACUCAGAGCCAUCUGAGUGAAUACUCAUCACAAGCUCUUAUAGAAUGCAAUUUAAAUCUACUUGGAGCAACUGGAAUUGAAGACAAGCUGCAAGAGGGUGUACCAGAAGCCAUUGAGUCCCUACGGCAAGCUGGAAUCAAGGUCUGGGUUCUUACCGGUGAUAAACAAGAGACGGCAAUUUCAAUUGGUCUUUCCUGCAAACUUCUCAGUGCAUAUAUGCAACAAAUUGUUAUAAACAGCACUUCAGAGGAGGAAUGCAGAAAUCUUUUGGGUGAUGCAAUAGCCAAAUAUGCUGUGAGAUGUUCAAGUAGAGGGAACCAGAAUCUGAAGCAUAAAACCAAUGCUGAACAUGGCGCACUUGAUAUUCCUAAUUGUUCAAAGUCAAUGAGUUUGCCCAAAUGGAAUCUAGGAAAGGAAGAAGGAGCUGAUACUCCAUUGGCACUUGUAAUUGAUGGGAAUAGUUUGGUUUAUAUUUUGGAGAAGGAACGGGAGUCAGAGCUCUUUGACCUUGCAAUUUCCUGUAAGGUUGUACUUUGUUGCCGUGUUGCACCCUUGCAGAAGGCUGGAAUUGUUGAUCUGAUAAAGAGCCGCACAGAUGAUAUGACACUGGCCAUAGGUGACGGGGCCAAUGAUGUGUCAAUGAUCCAAAUGACAGAUGUUGGUGUUGGAAUAUGUGGGUAG